AUGAUAUAUGAAGAAAUUAAAUACAAUUUACGUUUAGUGUCAGAUGAUAAGAUAGUGAAAAGAGUUACAAUUGUAAUUACAUUAUCAGUUUCAUUAUUUGGAAUCUUAUUUAGCCCUGUUGGUGCUUUGGUUAUCUACGUAUCAUAUCUUUUUGGUUUCACUGUAGCCUGGUUCUUGGUGAAAUACAAAACCAAAACAACAAUAUAUUUGCAAAGAUUGAUAAACUUUUAUAGAGACCGCAUUAAUGUUAAGAAGACGUUGAAGCAGUCUUGUAGCAUUUGUGAUGAUUUGUCUUGCAGAAGACAUCAACAAACUAGAAGUAUUACCCCUUGGAAGCACAUAUACAUAACAACUGAGUUGAACAAUACGAUAGAGCAUUUUUAUGAAAGAAUAAUCAGCACAUUUAUCUCCAGCUGGUAUGACCAGCUCACAGAUGAUAAAGACUUUAUUAACGAAUUAAGAUACUGCUUCAGAUUUUCUACUGCAACAAUAGUAAACAGGUUAUUAGAGCUGGAUAUUGGUGAUAUUGUGGCGAACAAGCUUGUUGCUUGUGGAGUAAGACAUAUUGAUGACUAUCUCUACAUUCAACAAAUAGCUAAGCUGAAAAAUGUUAGAUUCAAUGAAGUCGUUAUUGAGUAUCUGGGGAAAAGAUUACAUGCAGCUGCUACUAAUAGAAAGAACGAGCUGGGGUACUUGACACAUUUAGUAGCGUCACUAUUAAACCAUGUUUUACCUGGAAACUAUUUAAAAUGCAGAAAUUUCUUAGUAAUGAUGAGGGAGGUACUAGCCGGAUGGGUAUUAUUACCAAUGAUGGACGUAAUCGCAGAUCCAAAUAUUUUAAAUUACCUUGUCAUACUAGCAGCAACAUACAAGCUAAAAAAGACACCGAAAAGUAAUCAAAACAUAGAAGAGGUCGAAUUUUUAUGCAACUAUGUAUCAACUGAAUCCAAAGCUUCAUCGUUUGCUACAAGCCUGAAUAAAAUAAAAAAGAAUACUGAGCUACUGUAUGCUUUUAUGCAGUUUUUGAAAAAUAACGAUAAUGUCAAUCUUUUACAAUUUUGUUUGGCUGUUGAUGAUUUCAAUGUAAAGUUGCUGACACCAGAAUUAAGCAAAAAGCAAAUAGAAGAGCUUCAAGUCGAAGCAACUAAACUUUACAAAGAAUAUUUAGAUAAGAACAGUUUCAGUUUUAUCAGUUGUCCGUCAGAGAUAGCUGAAGAUUUUAAAUUUUUGAUGCAAGACGAUUAUGCUGUCGAAAAACUGUCCAAACAGUCGAAACUGCUUUAUACCGCAUACGAUUUUGUCAUUAAUGCUCUGGAGAGUAUAUGGUUGCCACAGUUUUUUCAUAGUACUGAGUUUUAUGGGUAUAUAUGCGGCCCUAAAACAAUGACUGGUUUAAACAAACAAGGACAAAACAAAACACCGUUGUUGUCAUUUGGUUCUCCAAGUAAAGAUAGACUGAAGAAAUACUACGAACCUUCAAGUCAGGGCGCGGUGUCGAAAAUCAGUAGCAGUUUGGGCAAAAUCAAAGGAGUUUUAAAAAGUAGUCAGCCAAUAGAAGGCUCAUUCUUUCCUCUCGAAUCUCAGACUGUAGAAAGUGUUGCUACCGAUGAUAUAUUCCUGGGUGAGUGUAAAAGUUUAUUCAGGGAUAUGAGUACUUGGAAAAUCAGCAUUCCAACUUUUCAAACUAGCCCUACGAACAAAGUUAUAUAUUUCUACGUCAGUGUUGAAAAAACGGAUGCACUUGCUGCCGAUACUAAAAAGAACUGGAUAGUUUUAAGAAAAGAUCAAGACUUUUAUACUUUAAAGGCCAAAUUAGUAGAAUUUCACGGAGAAAGUGAAAUUUGUGAUUCUCCUUUACCGUCUAGAAAAGCUGGAUCUUCCAUAGAAACUAGAUUAGUGAAGUACGAAGAAUUUAUACGAAGAUUAUUAAAAAAGUCUAAUCUGAAAGGCAGCGAUUUGCUGUACUACUUUUUGACCACAGAGCAAGAUUUCUCGACAUAUUUGGCAACUAAUGCAUCCAACAUUCAAGACAUCGGCAACAUUUAUCAAUCAGUGGCGCAUAAGCUAAGAAAAGAAAAGGGGCAGCAUCUGGAUCCCUUCAUGAAUGCGUUUUUGAUGUCUACUGGAGUUACAAGGACCGACAAAUUAGAAUGGGCAGAGAUUGGAGAAGAGACGGAUUCGUUGAUUUCAAAACCAAUGGAAGGUGUUUCUUUUCCGAAAACUUAUAGAAAUCAGGUGUUCAAUGAUAAUUUUGGAGUACAAUAUAAAAAUUUAAAAGAUACGAUGAGCAGCUCUUUAAGUCCUGAUGGAUUUGCAGAAAGUGCUUUCUACCUUAUGAAGAACAUUUUUAAAAUUCCUAAUGGGAUCUUAAGACUGUAUGCAUCGAUAUGCAGCAUAGCUCAACAAUUUGUUGAUCUGUGUGCCCGUACGAUAAUUGAAAAGAAAAUUAAAUCCAGUUUGAGCCAGUCUAACCUGGCAUAUCUUAUUAAACAAUUAGAAGACGCAAUCUUUGAGGAACAUACUCCUGUUAGUAAAGAGGAAUUAUCGAAAAGGAGGGUAAGAGCGGUGGAAGAACUAGAAAACUCUAUCUCAAAUAUAUUGACUCAAAUAUUAGGACCUGGAAUUAAAGAUGGUGCCAAACUGUUAUUAGAAAUUGUUCAAAAUCCACAUUUUAACAAACAGCUUGCCUACAAUUUACUGGAUAUCGUACUGACAGAAAUGUAUCCGAUGCUGGAUAAAAAUGAAGAACACUAUUAA